UCCAUCUUGUCUCCUCAGGCAUCGAAGCCUUACACUAUCUAUCCACUAUCCCACCCAAUCACUACUUCGACAAUUGUGUGGUUGUGCGGGAGCUACACAGCUACAACAAUACAUUCUUCUUCCAUCUCGCUCGCGACUAUGCUCUCGCCAAUUGCUAGUUCGUCUGCUGGAAAACCAAACGCGCCCAGUAUUUGGAGCUUCGAUUCAGGGUAUGGCACACAGGAAGAAAACGCAAGAAAUGGCGUGUUCUACCACCAACCCAGCACUUCGACCAACAGUCUCCAAGCAAGACUAGAAGACAACGUCGGCCUAGAGUUGGGUGCGUUCUCCGAUUUCCAUAUUGGUGACCAGGCACUACCCAAGAUAGAAGAACUAUCAGUUAAUACGUCCUCAUCCAAAGGCUACGUCUUCAACACCAAUACCAUUUCAAACGACCAUCUUUAUCUUCCCGAAAUUGAACCCACUUCCCAAGGCUGCUUCACGUGCGAUCUGUAUACCGUCACCAACCCCGGCGAGAACAUCCAGUGCGAGACCUGUCGACUACCAGAAACCAUCGAGCCCUCGCUGCUCUCCUUCGAUGCAUCUUCCAAAGGAAAAGAAUCUAUCAAGAAAACAGAAGAGCGCACGCAAGCUCGUGCAGCGAAGCCGCAGCAUCCUUCGAUGGCUUUACAAACGCGCUGCUCAGCCUGUGAGCUGUCCUCCGUUAUCGAUCCCUCCGGUCCGUCGAACUGCGCAUCAUGCAUCUCGAAGCAAUAUGAGCGUCUCUCGUCGAUGUCGCCGUCCAGCCCCGAUAGCAAGGUCAGGCGAUCGAGGGCUGGUAGAACCUCAAAACUGCCACUGUCCGCCCUCACUACCUUGCAAGCCUGGCUUGACGCACACGCAGAUAAUCCAUAUCCGAGUGCUGAGGUGAAGCGACAGCUCGCUUUAGAUUGUGGUAUCACCGAGAAACAAGUCACGACUUGGUUCACCAAUGCUAGGGCAAGGCAACUGAGCCCGCUGGACAUAUGGUUGAACGGCGAGAAUGGAGAUGAAGGUGCCGCUCCGGAGGAUAUUGAGCGUGCAUCGACAGAGUUAGACCGUGUCGGUGGUUUCACAUAUCUAUCAGACACUCGAAACCAAAGCCAUAUGAGGGCUGGGUCGAUUUCGGGGAGCAGUGCAUUCUCCAACGGACAGUCACGACCACAGCAAUCUCGACGAGGCAAGAAGAAGAAGUACAGGCUCACACGGCAAGCCUCCCCACAUAACGAACUCAUAUCACCAAUCUCGAACACACCUAUCAUGGACAACAAUGCAACGGGAGAGCAGGAGAAGUGGGAAUGCACUUUUUGUCGUCAAAGGGUUGCUCCCAAGUCCUGGCGCCGUCAUGAAGAGACACAGCACCAUACCCGCGCCCAGUGGACAUGCAUGCUUUAUGGACCUCGACUUACACAAACUACUCGAUCUUCCAACACAGGCCAGCCGGAGACUUCGACGUCUUUCUGCGCAUUUUGCAUGUUGGAGAAUCCUUCGGAGGACCACUUCCUCUCUCACCACCGAAUUUCCGAGUGCGCAAAGCGCCCAACGAGCGACCGAACCUUCUAUCGCCCUGAUCAUCUUCGUCAGCACGUAAAGAAUUUCCACGGGGCGAAGUUGUUCGAUUUGGCGCAAACAAGGUGGAAGAGCGACGGUGAGCGUGGCAAAUGCUCGGAAAGCUGGACCUGCGGAUUUUGCGGAGAACAUUUGGAGACUUGGGGAAAGAGGGAAACGCAUAUCGCAAACCACUUCAAGGACGGACUGACGAUGGAGAGCUGGACGGACUACACGCAACCAAACGAUAAAGAAUCGAGGAAGCAAAAGAAGAAGGAAGAGAAGGAAGCAAACAAGGAGAAGGAGAAGGAAGCCCACGGCCUUGCACGACUCAGUCGGUCGUUCGCCCGCCGUUCAACACGCAGCUCGCAGAAGACGGUCACUCAGCCGACGACGACGACAUUCGCGAACACAUUCCAGCCGCUACCCAUAAGCAAUGAUGCGAUGACAAUGGGUUUUAGUUAUUCCCAAUUGUCACAUGCUCCCGUGCUACCAGACAUCAACACAGAUCCUCUUAUGGCCGUCAACUACACCGCCGGAUAUGAUGACUGGUCCCACAUGAAUCAAAUGCAGAUGCCACAACAACAACAACAACAACAACAACAACAACAACAACAGACACACUUCACCACCGGUUUCACAUAUGACCCAAUGGCCGUCACUGUCGACGCCAAUUUCAAUCUCAACGCCAUGGACUUUAGCAAUCCAAUGUUCUUCCCCCCUGACUGGAAUCCCCCUUCAUGAAUGUAUGGACCCAAUCACAUGUAUUUCCUUUUGGUCAUGUUGCUUGUGUCUGCAAUAGAGCGGAGGCGUUUUAUCUUGGAGAAAUGUUUUCUUGUUUUCCCUAUUUCUUUAUUUCCUUAUUUCCAAAUAUUAUUUUCUUUUAUUAAUAAUCCCUCUAACGUUCCCUUUCCUUUUCGUCACUUUGAAGUUUCUUUUCGUAAUGUAUUCAAUACGUCAAAGGUUCCGAGUUCCAGCAAAGGCGUUUUGUAAAAAUGGCGCUUAAACUCUCGCGCUGAGGCGCAGGCGCCGUACUACCUGAAGGACAUUUAAAGGCAAG